UACGUCAGAAGAGUGCCACGUGACGUUCCGUGUUUCGCGCCUCUCCUACGGCUCCCUCCGGGUCGUGAGUCUUUUUCAGCACUAGUGGCGCGUAACGGAGGUGAAAUUCAAGAGGCAUGCUUCGUCGCGAGCGAACGCGUUUUGAUCUCGGUCUUGUGUAUAGCGUACGUCUUUAUGUAUUACGUGUUGGUAAAGAAUAUUCGUGACACUGAUCUUUGUCUACGGGUUCGACUCAUUGUUUCUUGUGGCCGUGUGCGUUGGCUUUCUGUCCUCAGCCGAUAUGCAUCACGCAUCUCUUCUCCAUCAGGAUCCUGGAAUGACCAACCGCAAAUAAAGGGGCUCACGCCCUCUUGCACGGAUCAUGGCAUGCGCCUCAUCAUGCACUUGCAUACGCUCGCCGCCGACGCUCUACAGCAGUGAACAUGGGGCUCAGGUCGAGAAAUGGCGCUAACGGCGCCCAGGACUCACGCGAGCGGCGGAAAGACGCCGUGGCCGGGGAGCUCGAGACAUGCACAAGCCACGAGCGGGACGGCGCGCUACUGCUCGCCAGCUCGCCCAGGCAAGCGGAAUUUAAACGAGGUUCGCAGAACUUUGGCCUUUUGGCCAAGACGCCUAUCGGCUACACGCGGCCCGUGAAGAGGAACAACAUCCGGAAGCGCCGCAUCCAGAAUCUCAUCUACGAUGCCCUAGAGAGACCGCGGGGAUGGGCUCUUCUUUACCACGCAUUUGUGUUUUUGAUAGUUCUGGCAUGUCUCAUUUUGGCGAUUCUGACAACAUUUAAAGAGUAUGAAGAUGACUCAGGUCACUGGUUGGUGGUUCUGGAGACAUUCACUAUUUUUAUUUUUGGGAGUGAGUUUGUGCUCAGGAUCUGGGCAGCAGGAUGCCGUUGUAGAUAUAAGGGUUGGAGAGGACGUCUCAAAUUCGCUCGCAAACCACUGUGUAUAUUGGAUAUCUUUGUGCUGAUAGCAUCAGUACCUGUAGUUGCUUUAGGAAACCAGGGAAAUGUUUUGGCUACAUCUCUACGGAGCCUGCGCUUUCUGCAGAUUCUGCGUAUGCUGCGCAUGGACAGGCGAGGUGGCACCUGGAAACUGUUGGGGUCUGCAAUAUAUGCUCACAGCAAGGAACUGAUCACUGCAUGGUACAUUGGCUUCCUGUCUCUUAUCCUGUCCUCCUUCCUGGUCUAUCUUGUGGAGAAGGAUGUUGUCUUGAUGACGCUACCCAAUGAUGAAGAUGGCACCCCAACACCUGCCCAAGAUUUUGAUACCUAUGCUGAUGCACUCUGGUGGGGACUGAUAACCUUGACAACCAUUGGGUAUGGUGACAAGACACCAAAGACGUGGCCAGGUCGUCUUCUUGCCGGAGCCUUCACUUUGAUUGGUGUUUCGUUUUUUGCGUUACCAGCGGGUAUUUUGGGUUCUGGUUUGGCUCUUAAAGUUCAAGAGCAGCAUAGGCAGAAACAUUUUGAGAAACGUAGACACCCUGCAGCUGGACUCAUACAAUCGGCCUGGAGAUACUAUGCUACUAAUCCUGUCAGAGAAGACCUUACAGCAACAUGGAGAUUCUACGAAACAGUGAUCUCUUUGCCAUGCUUCAGGAAAGACAAUUUAGAAGCAAUUGCAAGUCAGAAGCUGACUCUGCUGGAUCGUGUACGGUUGCCUACACCGCGGCCAUCUUCAGUGAGAGGCUGGCUUAUGAUGCCUGCUGGGAAUCCUGGGAGCGGAGCAGGGAAUGGUGGACCAGCAGAGGUGGCUGAAGAGAGUCCAUCUAAGGAGGCAAAACCUGCAGGCUUCAGUAACAGAGAGAGAUUCAGGACUGCAUUCAGAAUGAAAGCCUACUCUCUGCGACAGAGUUCAGAGGAUACAGCUGGUCUGUCAGACCCCACUCCGGAGGAGAAGGGCUUCCCCCCUGACAUCCUGAUGGAAGAGAUGAUUCCUGCUCUUAAACUAGUCAUCAGAGCCAUGCGGAUUCUGAUUUUCAUGUUGAAUAAAAAGCAUUUCAAGGAGACCCUGAGACCAUAUGAUGUGAAGGAUGUGAUCGAGCAGUACUCUGCAGGACACCUGGACAUGCUUUGUAGGAUCAAAUACCUCCAGUCACGAAUAGAUUUGAUUUUUUCUCCUGGUCCACCCCUCACUCCAAAACAUAAAAAGACAACCAAAACACCUUUUCCCUAUCCAUCGCAACAGUCUCCCAGGCAUGAGGCCUAUCUGGCUAAAGCAGGCCUGCCAGAUACUGAGGACCAAAGCCUGAUGGGCAGAUUUGUGCGGGUAGAGAGACAGGUGACAGACAUGGAGAAGAAACUUGACUUCCUGGUGGAUAUGCACAUGCAGUAUGACCUAACUGCCCCUGCCCCCAUUACAAUGGAGCGUAGUGAUGUCACAGUCAGUAUCAGCGGAGACCGAGUGUACUGCACCUAUGCCCCACCUGUUCCGUACAGCCAAUACUACAUACAUUCAAGCACACUCUCACACACAAACCCUCCCCGCCCUACUGUCCUACCCAUCAGCCCACUGCCAAGCCACUCCCCAAACUCCCACUUUGAACUAUCUGAACAGCUGUAUUUGGACCAGAGGGCAGGCACACCACUGUCAUUGCUGUCUGUCACACAUGAGGAGCUAGAGCGAUCACCCAGUGGCUUCAGCAUCUCUGCCGAGAGAGAGGAGAUCACAGGCGAUGGGUCAGGAGUCAUGGCAAGGUUGAACUGGGAUCAUGAGUGCCAAUAUUUAGCAGAAGGUGAGACAGAUACAGACACUGAACCUUUCACCCCAAGUGGGCAGGCUCCACUGUCCUCUACUGGAGAUGGGUUCCCUACAGAGGAAGUUUGGAUCACUCCACCUUGAUCCCUCCCCCUCUCCCUCCCCCUACUCCUCUCUCCAACACCCCCACCCCCAAAACGGACACACACAGAGACACACACACCACAAGUACACAAGUGCACACACAAAUACAAUAUUGUUACUAUUGGAAUAUAUAAAUGUAUAUCAAAAUGCUUUACAAAGCUAGGAGCACUGCAUGGAAUGCAUGCGUUUUAUCUUGUUGUCUUUAGUGGUAGACAUUGCACAUGUGCAGACCAAGAAGGGAUUACAUUAAAUUGAAACUUCUGUUUAAAAAAAAAGUAAAAGAAAAAGAAGAAAAGCAAAGAAAAGGAAAAAACUAAAACAACAACAAACAAAAAAAACAACAGAAAAACUAAACGCUAUGCCAUUUUUGUACACUUAUUUUUAUAUUUACAGCCAUUUGGUUUUCUUCAUAUGCAUGGACUGCAUGACACUCACUAUUAGAGCAAUUAAUGUUCAUUAUAUUUUCCUAUUGAUUUGCACUUAUUUUGUUUCUUUUAAAAUGCAGAGUAUUUGUUACAACUCACUUGGCUGUUUCUGUAAAUGUCUGAUACAAUGUCACAUCUUGAUCAUUACCAAGUGCACUUCGUUGGACGUCUCAGAGUACGUAUAAUGUGGAUUGGGGUGAUCAGAGUCACACCAAUGCUGCUUUGUUCACUUGACUUUAGUCCAGCUACUCACCUUGGAAUCUGUACUGUGGUUGAAUGACUUUCACAGCUUUCACAACUGCCAGCUCAAAGAAUGUUAGUUCCAUAGUUGACACAUCAUCUGCACAAGUCAUUCCAGGUUGUUGACACUGAGUGUGGUCACUUUUAGCUACUCCAUUAAUUUUGUAUUAUAUUAUUAUUUAAAGGUACUCUAAUCAGGGACCAUAUGACCACCUCAAGUGGUUGAUUUUGAAUAUUCAGAACAUGUAGAGGUCUUCCUAUAAAAUUACUUAAAAUGAUUUGUAGACAGAAUUUUUAUCUAAAAGUCUAUAAUUAUCAGCUUUUCAGCUCAAAAGUACAGUACCUGUCAAUAGCUCAUUAUCUUUCUCAGACAUGUAAUAAGAUACAAAUAAGAAUAAAAUCCUGCUGAAUCUCCAUGUGAUUGCUUUUGAAGUUUUCAUCUGAAUGUGUUUGACAAUCACAUGGUUUACUAUUAGACGUUAUUUAUUACUAUCCAACCAACUAAUCUAAUUCAGGUUAUCCUUACUGCAAAGCAAAUCCAUACACAUCAGCUAAGCCACAAACUAACAAACAACAGGCUGUUUUUCUUCUUUAAAAAUGUGUAUCCAUCACUACAAACAUAAAAAAAAUUCAACACAUUGCUUAUCUAUGCAUUCCCUUCUAAGACUAGAUCAUCAUUUUGACCUAAUCAUAAAGCGUUUGGCCUUCAAGUCAGUCCUAGAGUUAGUGAUCAUGUAUUAAAUUUAACAGGACUAAAAGUCUAAAUAUGCAAAGCCAGGAGGGUCCAUCUUGGACUUGUAGAGCCACAUUUUAUAUACUUGAUUUUGGUGACUUGCUGAGUAGUUAAAGCAGGGUACAUGAUAUAAUACAGUACUGUAGUCCCAUAGAAAGUUUUUAGGUUUUGUGCUAACUUCUUGGUCCCCAGCAGGGGCGGUUCUAGGCCUUUUUUAGGGUGUCUCCAGCCCCCUGUCUGUGAUCUCAGCCACCCUAAAACUAUAAGUAUAAUAUUUACUUUCAAAAAUCAAAAAUAAAAAUUACGUUAAAAUGCAGGACAUGUUUUCCAUGGGAAAGAAAAUUAUCCGUUUGAUCCAAGAGCGAAUUUUUUUUACUUUGUCUUUCAAAGUGCGUCAUCCUUUAUUUGAAUGGAGUCAGUCAGAGCACAGUGAAAUUUCACUAUUCUUAUUACCAGAGUUGAUAGCACAAACAAAAUAUUAAUGCUUUUAAUUAAUUAAUUUAAUUAUUUUAUUAAUGACUGCAUUCAUUGGACACACUGUUCAUAGAGAAUACACACAUACAUGAACUGAUUUGAUUCAAGACUGGCAUCAUUACAUCAGGCAUAAAAAUCUAUUGUCCAUUUUUGCCAUUUUAAAUAAUAGCAUAACUUUUGGCUUACUAUGUAAUCAUAUAAUAUAUAAUAAAAAACUCUUCUUGUUUUAAAUUCUCACUGAGGGCUAAAACCCCCUAAAGAUGAAAUCCUAGAACCGCUCCUGGUCCCCAGUACUCAAGAUAUGCACUAAAAUAAGCAGAAUUAUAUUAAAUAAUAGUCAAAUAUGAAAAAAGAGCAGAAAUUACUCUUAAAAAAAUCUGAAUCAAUAAUCAAUACAGUUAUUAAUGUUUAUGAUGUA